AUGUCUUGCGUGUCCUGGCUGUUCGCUCUGUGGUCCAUCACAGCUCCAUCCCUGCUCCUUGUGGGGCUUGUGGGCAGACAGCUGGGGCUCAGGGUGGGACUGCAGUGUGUUCAGGCAGAGGCUUGUUCUCGGUGGAGCACACCAAGUAACCAGGGUCUGUUCAAAGACGGAGACGUGGUCAUUGGUGGGCUCUUUACUCUUCAUUAUCAAACUCCAGCUCUGGACUACGACUUCACUCAGCUGCCUCAACACAAACCUUGCACCGGUUUAGAACGCACUCUGUUACAGUACAUGUAUGCCAUGGUGUUUGCGUUGGAGGAGAUUAAUCACAGUUCAAAGCUGCUGCCAGGAGUGAAGCUGGGUUACCAUAUUUUUGACAGCUGUGGACUCCCGCGAUGGGCUCUCCUGGCGACGCUGUCACUAGUUGGAGGGGACAGCAUCAGCUGUAACUCUACAGACCCUCCAGCUGAUUCUGCAGGGAACGGGGAGGCAGGUGGUCGACCUCUUCCACUGAUCAUUGGUGGUGCUUCAUCCACGACAAGCCAGAUUCUCUGCAGAAUAAUUGGGCCACUCUCUGUACCUUUAAUUAGUUAUGCAUCCAGCUGCCCGUGUCUCAGUAACAGGCUCCAGUAUCCAAAUUUCUUCAGAACCAUCCCUAGUGACACUUACCAAGCACAAGCUUUUGCCCAGCUUGCUGUACACUUCAAGUGGACUUGGAUUGGAGCAGUGGUAGCAAAUAACGACUAUGGCCUCUCAGCGAUAAAGGUUUUUCAGGAGGAGAUUCAGGAAGCAGGUGUGUGUCUGGCAUUUGUAGAGACUCUCCGAAGGGAAUAUAUUGUGAGCGAUGCAACACGAGCAGCUCUCACAAUUCAGGCCUCGACUGCUCGUGUGAUCCUGAUCUUCAACUGGUACACAGAUGUGAGGGAACUGUUUCUGCAGCUAACCAAGUUAAAUGUGACUGACAGACAGUUUCUGGCCAGUGAGGCUUGGAGCACCAGCAGUGAUCUUCUCAAAAGUCGUGUCACAAGUAAAGUGGCAACCGGUGUCCUUGGCGUUGCAAUUAGAAGUUCCCCUUUAAGUAGAUUUGACAAAUUUCUGAGACAUUUGAACCCAAUUCAUCGUCCAGAUGAUGAGUUUUUAAGAGAACUCUGGGAAACAGAGUUUGGAUGCAGUCACAGGGCCGAACUUCUCUUUGCUAAUUCCUCGCCUUCAUUAAGGUCGUUGCCUGUAAAUGGGACUCUUCAGAGAGUUUCACUGCCACCCUGCAGUGGCACAGAGUCUCUAGAGGAAGUGCAGAGUCACUUUACUGACACUUCCCAGCUAAGAAUAGCAUAUAACGUCUACCUUGCUGCUUAUGCUGCGGCCCAUGCCCUUCACAACCUCCUCUCCUGCCCAGACAUAGACCGUCCUGCUGGAAGCAACGUCUCCACCUGCUCCUCUCCAAAAAACAUCCAACCCAUAGAGAUUCUGCAGCACCUGAACAAAGUGAACUUCACCACACCACAGGGAGAACUGUUUUAUUUCCAAGGGGGCGACAUUCCAGCGAAGUAUGACCUCGUCAACUGGCAGAGAACCUCUGAGGGUCCAUUAAAGCUAGUUUUGAUUGGUCGUGUGGAUGGAUUUGAUCUCCACCUCAAUGAGUCAGCCAUUGAGUGGAGCACAGGAUCAAAUCAGGUUCCUGCUUCAGUGUGCAGUGAGAGCUGCCCUCCGGGUACACGAAAAGCCAACAGGAAAGGAGAACCUCUCUGCUGCUUUGACUGUCUUCCGUGUGCUGAAGGGGAAAUUAGUAAUAAAACUGAUUCCCUUCUCUGUCAGCAAUGUCCAUCUGAGUUCUGGUCCAAUGCUAAACGUACUUCGUGCAUCCUUCGUCAGCUGGAUUUCCUUUCCUUUAAUGAAACCUUGGGCAUCACUCUGACUACAGCAGCUGUGACUGGCACCUGUGUGACAACAGCUGUGUUUGUGGUGUUCCUUCGCAACCGUCAUACACCUGUGGUACGUGCCAACAACUCAGAGCUGAGCUUCCUGCUUCUCCUGUCACUCAAGCUCUGCUUCUUGUGUUCGCUGGUGUUCAUUGGUCGCCCGUCCGUCUGGUCUUGUCGGUUCCAGCAGGCAGCGUUUGGGAUCAGCUUUGUACUUUGUGUUUCCUGCCUCAAAGUCAAGACCAUUGUGGUUCUGGCAGCGUUCCGCUCGGCUCGGCCCGGUGCUGAAUCUCUGAUGAAGUGGUUUGGUCCAGGCCAACAGAGAGGAAGUGUCUGCUUCUUCACCAGUGUACAGGUGAUCAUCUGUGCCGUUUGGCUAUCUCUCAGUCCCCCGGUGCCUCAACCUGACCUGGAUAACCCGGGGUUGAAGGUUACCCUCAAGUGCACCAUGGAUUCUGUGGUGGGCUUCUCUCUGGUCCUGGGUUACAUCGGUCUGCUGGCAUGCACGUGUCUCCUCCUGGCCUUCCUCGCUCGAAAACUCCCUGACAACUUCAACGAGGCCAAGCUGAUCACUUUCAGCAUGCUGAUUUUCUGUACUGUCUGGGUGGCUUUUGUUCCUGCUUACGUCAGCUCUCCUGGAAAAUAUGCAGUUGCUGUAGAGGUUUUUGCCAUCCUGGCCUCUAGCUACGGUUUACUGUUCUGUAUAUUUGCUCCAAAGUGUUUUAUUAUUCUGCUGAGGCCUGAGAAAAACACUAAGAAACACCUGAUGGCCAGAUAGGCAAUGCAUGCUGUGAAUUGAAAUUUGAAGUCAUCUAAUUUAUU